AUGCCCACCGCAUCCCCAACCCCGGCACCUACAUGGUUUCAAACUGUCUUCGCUUCCAUUGGGAAUAUCUUCACGAGCACACCUGAGCAAAAAGAAGAGGAAGCUGAUGCUAUUUCGGGGUGGGUUGGUGGGAACAGAAGGAAACGGUGUCGUUUUGUUGGCUCUGUUGGCUCUGUUGGUUCUGUCAGUCCUGUGGACCCUGGUCGUUGA